ACAGCCGAUAUGGAAGGUAGGGUUAGGGUUAACCCUACAUGCUGUCUCCGGUAUGGACUUUAAGAACAGCCGAUAUGGAAGGUAGGGUUAGGGUUAGGGUUAACCCUACAUGCUGUCUCCGGUAUGGACUUUAAGAACAGCCGAUAUGGAAGGUAGGGUUAGGGUUAGGGUUAACCCUACAUGCUGUCUCCGGUAUGGACUUUAAGAACAGCCGAUAUGGAAGGUAGGGUUAGGGUUAGGGUUAACCCUACAUGCUGUCUCCGGUAUGGACUUUAAGAAUAGCCGAUAUGGAAGGUAGGGUUAGGGUUAACCCUACAUGCUGUCUCCGGUAUGGACUUUAAGAACAGCCGAUAUGGAAGGUAGGGUUAGGGUUAACACUACAUGCUGUCUCCGGUAUGGACUUUAAGAACAGCCGAUAUGGAAGGUUCAUGAAUGGCAGAGUUCCAUCCAGUAGGAGAUACGAGCCUACAGACUACGAACACGCUGCCAACUGUGCCACACAUGGACUCUGGAUCAUCCCCAGCCUGGUGGGCGGGUCUGUACUCUACUUCCUGUCUGUGGACCAAUGGCAGGCUGCUGCUGCCUGGUUGUACGGGGCGGGGCUUAGUGGUCUAUUCAUCUCCUCCACUCUGUUUCACACCGUGGCCUGGAAGAUCAGACACCUCCGUAGAGUGGAGCAGCGUUUCCACAUGUGUGACAGAAUGGCCAUCUACUUCUUCAUCGCUGCUUCCUACACCCCCUGGUUGAUGCUGAGGGAGUUGGGUCCGUGGUCGAGUCACAUGCGAUGGAUUAUCUGGAUCAUGGCAGUUAUCGGCUCCACAUACGUCUUCUACUUCCACGAGAGGUAUAAACUGUUGGAGUUACUAGGAUACGUGGUCAUGGGGGCGGGGCCUGCUCUUGUCAUCCUGUCCAUGGCGGACAGGGCAGGUUUGAGUGAGCUGGCGGUGGGUGGGAUUUUCUACAUAGUGGGUGUGGCCUUCUUUAAGAGCGAUGGAGUCGUCCCAUUCGCUCACGCCAUCUGGCACCUGUUUGUUGCCAUGGGAGCAGCUACACACUACUACGCUAUCUGGAGACACCUGUACACACCUGGACACUGAGACACACACCUACCGUGGUGCUAGCUAA